AAUGAGUCAAAUUCUUUAUUCAAAUGGGACAUUAGGUAAGCCUAAUUUUCAAAGCAAAAUGGUUCUGUUAAUUAGCAGAGUCCAAUGAAUUAGUUGAGAAACUACUACUCCAUUAAUUCUACCAAGUCUAUAUAAGAGUUUCCCAUUCAAGGUAAAUUCACAGAAUCCAUCAAUGCAAGAACCCAAAAUGGCAGAACCAAACCCUUCCAAGAGCGAGAGGAAGAGAGAGAGACAGCCCAUUUCUGUUCCAUUCAUAUGGGAAGAAAAACCUGGGAUGCCCAAGAAGGACUGGAAACCUUUCAGCCAACCUGUCAAGGCUCCCGCACCACCUGUCAAGUUCGUCGUAUCCGUCCCCUUCGGAUGGGAAGAGAAGCCGGGGACGCCACUCCCGUUCUUCGUUCAACCUCCGAAGGAACUGCAAAUAGUGGCAGCUUCACAGGCAAAUAGAGCCUUCCUUUUGCCACCUCCAAAACUCUUGACCAUUGGUUACGGAAACUGGCAAGCUAGCUCUGUAGGCAACGAUGAUGAACGUGACAGUGAAGGCGAUGAAUCAUCAGAGCCAGAGCUCGACGCUUGCAGUGUGGACACUGAUGAUUCCUUCUGCUCAGCCAAGUCCCUCUUAGCCAAUGGUCUAAUAUCAACCGCAGCAAUUGCAAGUGCUGUUCCUGUGCAGCAAACUUCUCUUGCACUGGCAACAACAGACAGCAGACUGCUGCAGAGUCCUGGUUCACCAGCUUCUGAAACUGACAGUACCUGCAGCUAUGCGACUGGUACCACGAGCUUGGCUGGUGCUUCCUUCUUGGAGUGGCUCUUCCCUCUGCUAGUGUCAAAUUCAAAUGUCACGAACAAGGUAGAAUACCUGGAAAAGGCUCCUUCUCAGAAAGCCGAUGUACAAGCUAUAGACUAUCUACAUGGGAGCAACUGCGGCCAGGUCAGAAGGCCACUGCUGACCCUUGGUGAGCUGAUAACGAUGAGCCGAAGACAGAGCUGCCAAAGGAAAGUAAAAAAAUUGCAUAAGCAGCAAUCCAUGGACUUUAUGAAGAGGAAUGCCUUUGGUUGCUGCAUCUUUCAGGCUGGAAACAGAAUCAAUCGGUUGGCACUGAAGUGGAAGAGACAGCUGCAGCUGAAACUGAUGUGAAAAUAUUCCCUUCAAUCUAAAAUUAAUUACAUACCUGGAAGAAUAUCAGCCAGUUCCUGCUUUACAUUUAAAUGUUCAUGCUUGUAAUAUUAUAAUGUUUCACCAAAGGAAAUGUUUCCAUUUUCUAAAA